GUUGCCUUGAAGUGAUAUUCUAGUUAUCACCUUAGUACGUCAAGCUAGGUAACUAGAUCUUUUUAUCUAUCAUGCAGGUGCCAUUGGGUGUUCCACUCGCGCUUCUUACUGGGUCAGUUGCUGUUGCAGCUGAAUGUACGGUUGAUGUUUUCACAGAGAUCCUGAAGAGCCAUCCCAAUGCCACGGUCAAUUUCGUUGAAGCCGUUUCGCAGAAUGGUAGCUUCGGUCAGGGUGCGAUAGAUAUACCGUUCCCAUCCAACGCAACAGGACUCCCCGCUUUAUGCGCGGUGAGUAUCAAUGUGAAGUCUUCUGAGAACUCCUCGUAUAAUUUCGGCCUUUUCCUCCCUGACACAACAUGGAAUGAACGGUUCAUGACUACAGGCAAUGGUGGGUUUGGUGGUGGUAUUAACUGGCCUGAUAUGGGUGUACUUUCACAGUAUGGGUUUGCUACCAUGUCAACUGACACUGGCCAUUCAUCUGGCGUUGACGACGGCUCUUGGGGCUUGAACGCUCCAGAAAGUCUUAUUGACUGGGCUCACCGGGCGAUGCACGGUUCUAUCGUGCUAGCUAAGGAAGUCAUUAAUGCCUACUAUGCGACUUCGGAAGGGAUCAAAUACGCCUACUAUGCUGGGUGUAGCACCGGAGGCCGCCAGGGCCUUAAGGAGAUUCAACUAUACCCCGACUCAUUUGACGGGAUAUCUGUAGGAGCCCCGGCUUGGUGGACCGUCCAUCUCGCAGCUAACACAUUGCAACUCGGGCUCUCCAAUCUCCCUGAAUCAGCCCCUGAGCAUAUUGACUCCUCGAUUUUCCCAGCUAUUGUUGCUGAGAUUGAAAAGCAAUGCGAUCCUCAAGAUGGCCUCGUCGAUGGCAUCAUUAGCGACCCAUACGGUUGUAAUUUCAAUUAUGAGGCGCUCCUAUGCACUCCCGAUUCGGAUCCGGCAACAUGCCUCACGCCUGCACAACUUACAACUGUGUAUAAGUUUUAUAAUCCCUGGGUAGAUGUUGAUCAAACUUAUGUCUUCCCAGCUAUAACUCUUGGGACCGAUCCAUCCUUCUCGUUAAGCUCUGACAUAACAGGACUCGGCCCUGGGUUGUUCCAAUACUGGAUAUAUAACGAUAGUAAUUGGGACUACACAAAAUUCACGUACAAAGAUGUCCAAUUCGCAGAUUCGAUCAAUCCAGGUCACGCGACAGCUGACAAUUUCGAUUUAAGUCCGUUCCUAGAACGAGGAGGGAAAAUAUUGAAGUACCAUGGGGGUGCAGACGCCUUGAUACCCACAGGCAGUAGUGUUCACUUCUACAAGCAGGUACUGCAGACUCUCAUUCCUAAGGGCGUGAAUAUUGACGAUUUUUACCGUUUCUUCUUGAUACCGGGUAUGAACCACUGCGCAAGCUCAACCCUCGCCCCUUGGUAUAUCGCCAGCGCAAGCCAGUCAAUUAAUGGCUUGACACAUUCUGUGCCGGGAUUCGAAGACGCGGAACACGACAUCAUCCUAUCAAUGAUGAAAUGGGUUGAAGAAGGGAAGGCCCCCGACCAACUAAUCGCAACAAAAUUCGUCAAUGAUACUGCAACGUUAGGUAUCCAGAGCCAGCGACCGCUUUGCCCUUAUCCGAAACAAGCCAAAUACGUUUCGGGUGACCCUGAUGAAUCAGCCAGUUGGGAAUGUAGAAGUUUAUACUGAAGAUAGCGUCGUCAAAGCAUAUAAUGACAUAUACGUACCCAGGCGCCUAAGCACACGCCUAAUCCAAGCUGCCAUCUUCAAAUCUGUACACUAUCAGCUAGGUUAUAGGUACUUAUGUUGAAUUUGACUGCGAAAGCCGCAGGCUGUACCUAACACAUCAUAGAUCAUGUGAACUAGCUAAAAUCGCAACACGCCGUAGUAAACGCCCACCACCAACCUCGUGUCAUCACCACGUCUUCCAGCUUUAGCUGAACCUCAUAUCGUAUCAACCCUCCCAACCCCCCCCG